AUGAGGUUGCAAGAUGAGGUGCAGAAUCUCUCGACUCAGUUGGAACGGUCCACGACAUCCCGUAUCGAAGCUGAAGCCUACCGACAACGGGAGGUAAAGUCCUUGAAGAGCGAAUGUCACGGCCUGACGAAGGCCCUCGCCGAAAGCCAGGACGUGGUGAAGGAGCUGGAAAUGGAGCUCGACGUGAUGUAUGGAAGCUUCACCGUCCGGGAGCGACCUGGCGGCGAUCCGGGGGUUCCAAGAAGCGAAAGCCAGUUGUCCUCGGCACAAGCAGCUUUGGAGGGCUCUCACCCUGUUCCCAGCGUCGCCCAAGAAGUCGUCCCGCAUCAUGUACCUGGCAGUACGGGAUGGAGCCGAGGACCUCUCGACACUCUCGUGUAUGGAGUUGAAAUUCCAACGCCACCGGUCCCGUUUUCACCUCCUCCGCGGUCGAACCUCGCCGAAGUAUCUCAGCUACGAGGGUAUCCCACACCCGCCAGUCAAGGACACCAGGGGGUGCGAUGGCUGGUGGCUACGGUGGAGACCCUUCUCCCGAUCGGGGAGGAGGCGGAGGCCCUGGAGGGCGUGAUUAUCCCGGACCUGAUUAUGGAAGCGGCUCACGACGACUACCGGGAUACGGAGGACAAGGGGGAGGUCCCCCUAGCGACCCACCCGGAGGUGGCGACUAUGGGAGCGGACCUUCGCACAUUCGCUGAUGCGCCCAAGCUGCACUGCGCCGAUCGGGGGAUUCCGUUGGAGCAUUUCCUAAAUAAGUUCAACGCCCUAAAAGGCAAGUAUGACAUCACGGACGCCCAAGUGGUUCGAAUCUUCGACGACCGCCUGACGUUGUGCGGCGUGCGCUCGUGUUGUGAUUUCUGCCCAUAG